CGAUACAGCCUCGCUCUACCUAGGCUAGACAUCAAGAGAAACAGAGCCGCCUGGCAUUGCUAACGCUGCAAGUACAAUCAUGAAGGGAAUAUUCAAUUGUGUGAUUUUUGUUGCAGCUUGUAUAGUUGCAGGCUUAGGUCCCUCUGAUGCUACUAACAGUUCUAUGAACCUAACAGCCGAUCCUUUAGUCAUUCAACCUGCGCUGACACGAAAGCUUACAAUUAGAUGUUCUGUCCUCAACACUUCUGUAACACCAGUCAUGAAAGAUAACCUAGGUGGAAAAAGUGAAAUUUUAAACCAGAAGAAAAUAUCUCUGACGUCAUCCCAGGAUGACGUCACUAACCUGCUCUCUAUCGUCAUCACAAAAGUGAACGACGGGACAGGUAAAAACGAAGUUGCAGCAAGAGUGGCCGGGUGUCUGGCUGCUGAUGUGGAGGUCAAUGUACUGGGUCAGGUGGAAAUUGAAGGAAACACAGAAGGAUCACCUGUGGCAGGUGAAGUUGGCUACCUGCAGCUCACGUGGGACAGACCUCUAGGAAACUCUGCAGGCGCGUACACCUGUGAGGUGUCUGCUCUAAACGCCAAUAAACAUUCCAUCUCCUUGAACACUACAGUACGCGUUCAAGCAGAACAACCUUCUAUUUCAUAUAUGUCCAUGUAUAUUUCUCAACACGACAGGCACAUCGAGUCUUUAACCAAACGAACACUGGAAUUAGAACAAGAAAAUAAAAACCUCCACACUCAGCUGCACCUGUUCCAGUCUAAUGUUUCAGCAGAUUCGUUAGAAACAAAAACGAGGUUAAAAAGUCUAGAAGAAAACAGGAUGCAAAGAGGAGAAUCUAACUGCAGUUCACAGGAAAUUAGUUUCGAAAUUCCUUACCAAACAAUCCCAACUGUAAUAGCGUCGUUGAAAUCUUUUCGAAUCAGAAAUGCACAGAACUACUAUCUCAAUAGCUUUGUUGGUGUCGAAGUGACUGAAGUGAAAAAGACAGGUUUUUAUGCCAAUUGUACAUUCGGUGACUACAUGUCGGCUGAAUUUAUCUGGCUAGCAAUACCGUGACAGAUAUAAAGAUAUGUAGGAGCAUAACUACAUUUCGGCUACUUUCAGCCGGUUAGCAAUGCAUUAACAGAGGUGAAGAUCUGUCCAUAUUCAACUGAAAAUGGAUUUCUAUUUACCAUGUAAUUGUAUUGGUGACAAUGCAAAAGGACAGCUCUUUUAUUUAGUAAUGAAACCUUAUACUAUCAAUUGUAUAUCCAAAUAUUAAAAAUGUGAAGUGUAACAAAAAUGUGAAAAAAAAAAUAA